AGGCGAAGGCAAGCUGCGCAUCAGAAAAAACGCUCGAAUCCUUGGCUUUCGAGGCGUAAGGUGCGCAGAAUAUAGAAACGUCUGCGGCAGGCCCGUACGCAGCAUGUCUCGCAUGGGAACUUCUGCCCAUGGAAAUUUUCUAAUGAGAGGAACAAUGGCCACGUUCCUUCUACUGGCACACAUAGUGCUGCACACUGCUAAUGCUGGAUACUGGAUUGACCCAAGCAGUGAAGACGUGACGUUUAUGGACGACCAAAAGCCAUGGCGAACCAGACCGCAGGAUUUGUAUUACGAUGCUCUUGGUUUCAUGGGUUUGAAAACGCUGCGACUGACAGAAACUGAGAAAGGAGUUCGAUCCCCAACGAAGUCUAGAAUGAAGUCAUUACUGCAAGAAUACGAGUAUAUUGACUCCGGUACAAUGUGUAAGAUUCUUGCCCUCAACAAUUCAAUUGAAGAAUGCCAUCCUCUUUGAAUUGCGGUUAGUCACAGUCACAUGCAAUGUAUAUAUGACCUUCGAAAGCUGAAGAAAAGGAACAGACGGCACUAUGAAAGUGCACAAAGUAGCACAGCGUAUUUGGUGUGCUAAUGCAAAGUAUGUUUGAUCUGUGUCUUUUGGAGCAGUAAGCAAUUGUAUUUAAAUCGUGUUGUAUUCCAUACUUUACUCAGGAAAAAAGGGGCGCACUCUUUUUUAUGUACUAUUACAUAAUAUACGCUUUUCACUUUACGUAAAUAUCGCCUAAGUCAAAUGUUUUACAAAGCAGCAUCAGUUCAUGGAUAGAUGUAUCCGAUAGGUUUGUUUUGAUUUGCUUUGUUUAUCUUGUAUUAUCACCUACCUGCUUGUAAUAAUACUUGCAAAAUAAACGAAAUUAUUCCCAAAACGUU